AUGUCCGCCCAGUCCAAGGGGACCGCAUCCUCCUCCUCCUCGCCGUCCGAGGGGCCGCCGGCAGCCUCCAAAACCAAGGUGAAGGAGCAGAUCAAGAUCAUCGUGGAGGAUUUGGAAUUAGUCCUGGGGGACCUGAAAGAUGUCGCCAAGGAACUUAAGGAGGUGGUUGACCAGAUUGACACACUGACAUGUGAUCUGCAGCUGGAGGAUGAGAUGACAGACAGUUCCAAAACAGACACCCUGAACAGCAGCUCCAGCAGCACAACAGCCUCCAGCCUGGAGAAGGUGAAGGUGCGGGGCAGCGCGCCCCUCAUCAAGCCGCCCGCGCACCCCUCUGCCAUCCUCACCGUGCUGCGGAAGCCCAACCCGCCGCCUCCUCCCCCUCGGCUGACGCCUGUCAGGUGCGAUGAGCCCCCCAGGCUGCCUCCCUUGGCCAACCCACUCAAGACCAAUGGCACCCUGCUGCGGAACGGGGGCCUGCCCGCGGGCCCGGGCCGCGUCCCGAACGGAGAUGUGUGCUGUGUGCCGAACAGUGGCCUGGAGAAGGCGGUGAUGCCACCGCUGGCGCACAGGGCGGAGAAGGAGCGGUGUGCCCAGGCGGGAGCCAGGGAGCGCGUGCGGUUCAGCGAGAAGGUCCAGUACCACGGAUACUGCCCCGACUGUGACGUUCGCUACAACAUCAAAAACAGGGAGGUGCAUUUGCACAGCGAGCCGGCCCGGGCUGCAGGAAAGCUGCCACACCAGUGCCCUCCUCUGCCACCUCCUCCACCUCCACUGCCUCCAUUUCUUCUGGAAAAUGGAGGGUUGGGGAUAAGUCCCAGUAAUAGCUUUCCUCCUCCAAGAACUGCAACUGUGCCUCCACCAACCGCGCCAAAACCCCAGAAGACCAUCUUGAGGAAAUCAACCACUACAACAGUGUGAACACCUUCAGGCUUGAAGGAAUAUCUAUAUUUG